AUGUUGAUGUUUCUGACAACCGUCGUAUCUUGCCUGUGCAUGAUGGAUUUGGGAGCGGCGAUAUCAGUGCCAACAGGCAAGACGACGCCCAUUGAACCUGCUGCGCCAGAGCCAAAAAUAAUUCCCGUGCCUGGUUCCUAUCUGGCACCACCGGCUCCCGUACAAGAGUAUUCGGAAGAAAGACCAGAACCACCUCCAUUGGAUCCGUCUUAUGUUCCAAUCCCAUACAACUUCAUCGAGUACUUGGCCCCUCAAAGUCUUAUACUGGUACCAAUGAAAAUUAAGUUCCAAAAACCUUAUUCAAAGUAUGAAAAAUACCCUCUCACAGCGAUUAAGUAUCAGAAGCUUAUCAAAAAUGAAAAUAUGAGACGGAAAUACUAUUCAAAUAUCCCACAGCAAAAUUAUAUUCCAUUGAACUGA